UGUCAAACGCAUAUCGAAGCUUAAUAAUAACUUUGAAUGGAUAUUUUGAACGGAUUUCCUGCAAUUUAGCACUACAGAAUUCUGAUGUUUCCUGUUAUUUAAAACUUAUUUAGUCAAAUAGAAAGAAAAGUAUGAUGAAUAAACAUAAUUCAAGCAAAGUUUAAGUUUCCAUCUCAGUCGUUAGACAUUCAUUAAACCAGACAUGAGGAAAAUGCUCCCAGGUAUAGGCGUCAUUGGAACUCCAGCAUCUGUCCGUUCGUAUGUCCCUCUUCUCAAAUCGUGUGGCUUUCAAGUAGUGGCAUUAUGGGGCAGAACUAAAGAAGAAGCCACUGGACUAUCUGCCGAACUUGAAAUUCCUUUUUGUGCAGUCAAAGUUGAUGAAAUUCUUCUAAACAGAAAUGUUGAUGUAGUGGUAAUAAGCUGUCCUCCUCAUCUCCAGUCAGCAAUUACAAUCAAAGCCUUAGGAAUAGGAAAGCAUGUUUUGUGUGGUACACCUGCAGGACCUAGUCAACUAGAUGCAUUAAAAAUGGUCAAUGCAGCCAAAUAUUAUCCAAAGCUAAUGUCUCUUGUAGUCUUAGGAUUGCGAUUCUUACCUACGAUCGCUAAACUGAAACAGUAUAUAGACAAAGAUUACAUAGGGGACAUAUCCAUUUGUGAAAUUCGUAUUCAUUAUGAAAAGAAACCAAAAGAACAUUUUGAUUGGAUGUGUGAUGAAACCAUGGGAGGAGGUGUUCUGAACACUAUUGGAAGUAAUAUCAUCGAUUUAAUAACACACCUUACGGGUCAGAAAGCUGUCAGAGUACAUGGUAUGCUGAAAACUUACACAAAGCAAACUGACAAGAUUAAAGGGAUCCGGGAAAUCACCAGUGAUGAUUUCUGUUCUGCGCAACUAGAGUUGGAAAAUGGAUCUUGUGCUACUUUAACAAUUAAUAGUCACAUCCAUGGGCCUUUUAACCAGGAAAUAAUGCUAGUAGGAAGCAAAGGUAGACUAACAAUCAGAGGAGCAGAUCUCUAUGGCCAGAAAAAUGACUCUUUGAAGGAGGAACUUCUGCAUUUUGAUCCAGUUAAUUUCAAGGAGGAACAACGUUAUGGCGUAUCAGACAAAACUAGAGCUGAAAUCCCAACACCAUAUUUAAAAGGAAUCAUCAGAUUAAUUGAGUCUGUCAAGGAUGCCUUUGAAAAAGAAGAGGAAAGACAAAGCUAUUGCCAAGACCCUGUUAAAGUUGCUGCUAACUUUGAAGAUUCUUUAUAUGUUCAAACAGUGGUUGAUGCAAUAAGAAAGUCAAACAAAUCAAAAGAGUGGAUCAAAAUUGACAUAAUGAAAGAAGAGCCUGAUCCAAAUCCAUUUUUAUCUACAACAAUAAGAAAGAGCACCUUAACAUUACAUUAACAUACAUGUACAUGGCAUGUGUAAACAUAGAAAAACUGUGGUAACUGUUUAGUGUAGAUUGAGUUCUGAUUGCAAAAUGUUCAAAGAAAACAUUACAAUUGAUUUGGUGUUUUCUUUUGAAGUUGAAAGUUGAGUAAACACAUGCAGUCCCACAAACUCUUUUCAUAAAUUUGCAAUCAUAACAGUUUACAAUUACAUAUAUUAUUUUGUAUGCACACUUGUGUCCUACAAUGUAAUUUUAAUGAAUGAUAUUAUGAAGUGUUACUUCAACUUACUUGUAUAUGUAUCAAUCAUCACAAAAAUCAUCUUAUAAACUGAUAAAUACUAAUGUACAUUAUGAUGAUGAUGAUAAAUAAUUGAUUCUACAUGUAUGUUCUAUUUAUCUACAAUGGAUAAAAAAAUAAUACGAAAAAGUGAAAAUACCUAUAAAUGUAUAUGCCAAAAUAAUGCCAUAUUAAGUCCUGUGCAUUGAGUCAUUUUUGUUUCAAAUCUAGAAUUUAUAUGCUUAAUCAUUAAUGGAAAACUGUUCUGGGAAGUGAAAAAAUGUAGAUAAUGUUCUCUAUGAGAUCCAGGAUGGGGAGGGGUCUGUCAAUUCUGUAUUUGUUAAGUAUGUGGGCCAUUUUAUUCAUUAUAGAUUUUGCCCAAUUUUUUUCUUCUUUUUUUAAUUUAGAUCCCAUUCCUUCAUGGUCUUUUUUGCCUAUUAUUUUUUUUCUUAAUUUUUUGGCUCACCUUUUCUUGCAGUAUUAAACCCAUUAUUCUUUAUUCUGUGAACAAUUCAUAUCCUCUUCUAUGGUUAAGGUUUUUCAAUUAAGGGCAUGUAGGGGACCAUCUGUCUAAAUCAUAUAAACAUUCCCAAAUAAGUGUAAUGCGAUGUUGCAUACAUCGACAUGAACAAGAAAGGUUUUGGUCAAUAUUUUUCUAAGACAUAUAAAUUAUUGUUUUAAUGAUGCUGUAGAGUUAUACUAUUAUAUACAUAUUGGGACCAUUGGAAAUAUAUUGAUCAUUUGUUGAAUCAUUCUAGAUUUUCUGACUAAGUAUAUAUUGUUUUUAUCAAACAAGGAAUAAUAGUUUUAGCUAUGGGAAAUCUUAAGUUUAGAAAUCUGUUGUAUUUUCUUUUACAGUAUGGACUGAAGUUUUAAGUAUAUUAACUUUUUUCCUCACUUGUCAAUAAAAAAAGAGAUUGAGGAUUGAAGAAUUAAAAAAUGAUUUAAUAAGAACACACUGGUAUUCUUGUCUAUAAUCAUUUAUGUCAACAGUCAUGACAUUCUGAAAUUAGAAAAUGUUUUCUAGGAUCAUUGGUCAUAUGUUUGAAUUCUAUGUAAUAUGUGAACUCUACAUCUCUAGAUGUCAUUUAUAUUCCUCAUAUAUAUAUAUAUAUAUCUUAAUUGGUGGUUGCAGUCUCAUUGACAUUUAUUCUCGAUGAGUUUGCAGAGUAUCAUAUGAAAUUGGCAAGUAUAGGAUUAUUAUGUACAUUAAUCAAAGAGAGCAGUUUAUCAUAACAAUUAUUAACUACCAUAUCAGAAAUAUUUGAUUUUUGUCUUUGAAUACACAUGUAGAAUGACGUUUCAAUAUGUAUAUUAAUUGUUAGUUUAUUUAUUAUAUUUGUUAUCCUUUUUUUAAUAGUUUAUUUAUUGAUGUAGAUCUGAAUAACAAAGGUAUACUCAUGACAGUAAAUAUGGCAGAAUCAUUUUACACAUCUCCACAUCCUCGCACAUCUGUUUGUGUGUCAUUAUAUUAUAAAUUAUUUAAGACAAAUGGAAAAUACAUAGAGUUAUCUCCCUUUGAAAAGUAGAACAGUUAUUUUGAAAAGCCUUCAGAGAUGGAUUAUUAUAGGUAUUUUUUUUGGUAUCAAUUUGUUACAUAUCUCACAUUAUUAGGUCAUUGGAAAAAUAUUUUGUUCUUUUUACACUGAAAAUAGAUUUACUUAAAUUCCAGUAUCUUUAAAUCUUAUAAGCUUAUAUAUACAUUUUGUAUAUGUAUUUUGUGGACAAACUAGUCUAUACUUGGUAUUUUUAAAUGUAAGACUGCAGUGGCAAAUCCAGAAAUUUUACAGGGGGCCUUUUCUAGUCAUGCUUCAGUGUUUUUUUUU